UGCGUUUUUAUUGUGUCUCUGCACAACAAUUAAGAAGCAAUACAAUAAUGUAUUUAUUACACAAAAGAAAUACAUAAAAUAAUAUUGAAUUAAUAGAAUAAGCCUGGGGUAAUGUUUAGGAGACAAUUAGGAGACACGGACUGACAAUUUGUGAGGCUUUUAUAGUAUUUUAGUAUUUAGUAUAUUUUAGUAUUAUAGUAUUUUAGUAUAGUAUUUUUUCAUGAUUUUCUGUUUAUGCAUGAAUAUUUUGAUUUUUAAAAAUUUUUUAUUCAUUUUAGACAACUAAUUUUGUAUAUUUAUUAAUUUAAAUUAUUUUAUUCGUCAACAAAAUGGAAUAAAAUUUAAAUAAAAAGAAUGAGUUGGAACAAUUUUAAUAUUCCACCAACAGUUAGUGAAGUAGAUGUUGAUGAAAGAUUACAACAACAAGAUGGGGGAAGCUCUUUAGUUGGUGGAGAGGAGUCAGAUGAGGCUUCUUCUGACACAAUUAGAGCCCUUCAUGAUUCAAAAUUGGAACCUCUAAUGAUCUCAAUGUUGGAACAAAGAGACAGACUUCAGGAACAGCUUGUCAGAAUGCAAAAACGAAUAGAAGAUGCAGAUGAGCGUUGUCGUGAUGCAAUUCGAGAAAGAGACUCUCUAAGAAGACAAUUAGAAACAACUAGACAGGACUUGCCUUCGGAGGUACAAACACUUACACGGGAAUUAGCUCAUUGCCGGGAACAGCUUUAUGAGAAGGAAGAAGAAAUUGUUGAAUUGAAAGCUGAACGUAACAAUACUCGAUUACUUUUGGAACAUCUUGAAUGCCUUGUUUCUAAACAUGAAAAAUCGUUGCGCUUUACCGUUGUUAAGAGACAUUCUCAAAUCAAUAGGGACAAUUCCGUUUCUUCUGAAGUAGAAGUUUUAAAAGCUUUGAAAUCUUUGUUUGAGCAUCACAAAGCUUUGGAAGAAAAAGUAAGGGAACGCCUUAAAGUAGCAAUUGAAAGAGUUCAAUCUCUUGAAGUUGAAUUAAAUGGAAAGGUCGAGGAGAAUGCAACAUUAAAAUCAAAACUUUCUAAAGCGCUCGCUGAAGCUAAGAAAAAUAUCAAUGAGAAUGAAAACAACAUCGCAGAGGGUGAUGGAAAACAUAUAAAUUCAUCUACUAAAGGCACAUCUCCGAAACUAUUCGAAUUGCAAGAACAACUGGACAGAAUAAAUGCUGAACUCGAAUCAGAAUUAUCUAAUGCCGGAAAAGAAAUUCGACAAGCGAAAGAACAAGCCAAUUCAGCUGAACAACAACUUCAGGAGUUACAAGCACAGAGAGACGAACAAGAAGACAGAGUUAAUUUAUUAGAAAAUCGUAUAUUAACUGCUCAACGAGAGAGUGCUUGUUUGAGAGAAUUAAAUGACAAACUUGAGUUUCAGUUGGCCAACAAGGACGCUACUAUGCGUUUAAAUGAAGAAAAGCUUCAUAGUUUGCAUGAACGGUUUGAACUUGCCGAAAAACAAUUAGCACAGAGCCUGAAAAAAGCUGAAUCCUUGCCUUCUGUUGAAGCAGAACUUCUUCAAAGGAUGGAGGCUCUUACUGCUGCGGAACAGAAACAUUUGUCAGCCGAAGAACGUAUUCAACGUUUAGAAGUUUUAUUAAAUGAACGUUCAGCAGAGUUAGAUCGGGCUGUUCAACGGGAACGUAUGAAUGAGGAACACAAUCAACGUCUUUCUUCUACUGUUGAUAAAUUGCUUAGUGAAUCAAAUGAAAGGUUACAAGUUCAUUUGAAGGAGAGAAUGCAGGCACAAAUAGAAAGGAAUAUUUUGAUGCAACAAUUGGACCAAGCAAAAAAAUUAUUUGACCAGGCUGAACGCUUCAAAGAACGAGCUACAGCCGAAAAUGAAGAUUUACGCAAAGAAAUUGAAAUGCUUCGUAAUUUAGUCUAUUCUACACGAACUGCGCAAUUUUAUUCGAGAUUAAAUGGCUUUCCAUGUCCGCCCACUCUUCCUAUUGGCAAUGAAAUGGAACCUCAACCAUAUAUUUUACCUCCUCCACGCCAGAAUGCAAUGAGUACAUCAAUGCCAACAGCAACCCCUGGAAUGGUAAAGAGACGACUUCAGAAAGGAAGAGUAGGUGCUUUGCAGGAAGAUCCAGGCAAAAUACAAACUUUGGGAGAAAAAGAAUGGGAUCGUUUACAACAGGCUAGCGUUCUCGCCAACAUUCAACAGGCAUUUUCUUCCUCUUCUUCUUUACUUAACAUGAACAAUUCUCCUUCCUUGGAACAACAACAACCGCCAGAUCCUCACACAUUGGCCUAUGUACUACAAGAGAGAUUGGAUGCCAUUAACAACGAAAUUCGUCUUAUUCAAGAGCAAAAACAACAAACAGAACGAAUUGCAGCUGAACAAAUGGAACAACAAAAAACAUCUUGGCCGCCAAAUUUACCAAAUCAAGUUGCCGACACUCAAUCAGCUGCCCAAUUUAGCAAUAAUCCUUAUGAUAUGGCAUCUUAUCUUGCUCGUGUCAGAGAUUCACAAUUAAACUUUAAUGAACAACAAAUGAUGCAACAACGUUAUCACGGCACGGAUGAACAUGUACCCGAUCCAAAUUGGAUUCGAAAUGGUGCAGAUCAAGUCCAUCACCAACGACGCUUUUCUCCAAGGCGAGGAGCAAGACCAGAUACUGACCGUCAACGACAACAAUUGCAGGACAGAAUAAGUCCAGUUUCUUCAGUUGGAAGUAGUCCAGAUUUGGGUGUUCCUGGGUCUUCAGCUCAAAUUAAUGCUACUGGAAGUAAACCUCCAAAAAAGUCAACAUCAACAAGUAGUGGAUUGAAAACGCUUGGAAGGAUAUUUGGUGGAAGUCAAAGGAAGAAACGUGGCACAGAUGCUUCUUCCUAUUCUGACUCUGAAUGUGGUCCUUCAAUUACGGGUGGCAGCGUUGACAAUUUAAACAAAAUGGGGCACCAAAAGUUGCUCAAUGGUGGAUCAACAUUGCCUAUUACUAAAAUGGCCUCAUCUUCCUAUGGGCUUCCACCGGCAGAUUUUGACAAACGAAAAAGAAGGAAACAUGAAUUGCUUGAAGAGGCAAUAAAAGCACGUACUCCUUUCGCGCUUUGGAAUGGUCCAACAAUUGUUGCUUGGUUAGAAUUGUGGGUAGGAAUGCCUACUUGGUAUACAGAGGCUUGCCGAGCAAAUGUAAAAAGUGGUGCUAUUAUGUCUGCUCUUUCUGACCAGGAAAUUCAGCGAGAAAUCGGAGUUUCUAAUCCGCUUCACAGGCUCAAACUUCGACUUGCUAUUCAAGAAAUGGUUGCACUCACUUCACCUUCUUCACCUCGCACCCAACAAUUCUAUUCUGGUUUAGCUUUUGGUGAAAUGAAUCAUGAAUGGAUUGGUAAUGAAUGGUUGCCUUCAUUGGGUUUAGGAAGAUAUAGAGUUGAUUUUAUGGAGUGCCUUGUUGAUGCAAGAAUGCUCGAACACCUUUCAAAACGUGACUUAAACAAAAGUUUAAAGAUUGUGGACAGUUUUCAUAGGUUAAUUUAUUCAUUCGAACAAUUAUCCUUUAUUUGUUUUAGAACAAGUCUUCAUUAUGGAAUUGUUUGUUUAAAAAAAUUAAAUUAUGAAAGAAAACAAUUGGAAGAGAGAAGACAAAUUUGUGAAAAUGCUAAUAAAGAUUUACUUGUUUGGUCAAAUGAACGAGUAUCAAAAUGGUUAGAAGAAAUCGGUUUAGGUAUGUUUAUCGCCAAUCUAGCAGAUUCUGGUGUUCAUGGUGCUUUAAUGGCAUUAGAUGAAACUUUUGAUGUCCCAGCUCUAGCCCAUAUCUUACAAAUUGGGGAUAAUGAUCAAGCUUUACGUGUAUUAGAUACACAAUUUGGAAAAUUAGUUUCAGAAUAUAGAAUACCUACAAGUGGGAAAAUAGGAAAACAACAACAGAAGGGAAGGGAUAAAGAACAACAAGUAACAAAAAGUUAAAAGAAGGACUUUAAAUACGAAAUUUAAUUUUUUGAUUUUAAAAAGUCUCUCAAAUCAGUCAAUAAUUUUCAUCACGAUAUACAUCCUUCACAAAUCUUUAUUAAAAAUCUUUAAUUUAAUCCUACUUUCUGGUUUGU